AUGAAUUCAAUAAAUAAGGAUGAAAAUUUAAUAACAUACCUUUUCCUGCACGGCAGGCAUGAUUGGAUUUUGAAGAAGAUACUCAGUAGUAAUGUUGGCUAUUCUGAGUUGCUUAAAGCUAUUGCCGAAGGAACAUUUCAAGAACCAGAAUCUGAAGUAUCGUUGAUAGACGACACAAUUGAAACUAGCGAAGAUACGCUAAUGCAAUUAUUUUAUGAAGGGAAAGAACUGAUUACAAAUAUUAGAGUCGCAAGUGAUUCCGUUGAAGUUUUGCGUAGAAAAACUGAACUUGAAGAAAAAAAUGCAAGAAUAGCUCAAUUAAAAGAAGAAUCUUUAGCAGCAUUAGAUAAAUUAGAAGAAAUUUCAUCAGAAUGGAAUUCAAUUGUUGAAACUACUGGGGUUCUCGUAUUGAACGAUCAUCUAAAACAGCAAAAGGCCAAAUGUUUGGAAUUAAUAACACAGAAAAAUAAUUUACUGAAAAACUUUCAUUUGGAAUUGAAAGUAGCCGAUGAAAAGUUUAUGAAAGGAAGGAAAACUAUGUAUGAAGAAUUGGCUUUGUUAACUAAAAGAAUCGAUGAACAAGUUUUGUUAAUGAAAAAAGCUUGCAGAAUUGAAUUAGAUCAUAUAGAGGAGUCUAUAGAUACGACAAGAAAUCAAAUUACUGAAAAUAAUUUUAAAACCUGGCAAAGUUUAUAUAAUCAAAGAGAAAAAGAUGAAGUUUCUAACAUUCAAAGAAAGUCAGAAAUGGUUGAGAAAUUUUUUCAAGAUAUGUAUGUAUUGCACAGAGAUCAUCAAGAAAGAUAUAGAGAAACAAAAAUAACAUUGGAAUAUGAUGUGCAAGCUUUAGAACAAGAAUUGGAAAACAUAAAAGCUCUAUGUCUUCUAAAUAGUGAAAAAUUGGAUUACAAUUUUCAAGUUUUAAAAAAAAGGGAAGAAGAAAAUGUUUACAUAAAACAUCAUCAGAAGAGAAGAUUAAAUAAGCUUCAAGAUUUGGUAAACACUUUGAAAAGAAAAACAGAUGAAAAAAGACAAUCGACUGAAGAUGAAGUGAAAAAAUUAACAAAAGAAGUUGAAAGAUAUCAUGCAAAUGUCGAAGAGACAGAAAAUAAAGCUUUGAAAAUAUCCGAGAUGAAUGAAAGAAAAUUUCAAAGUAUUUGGGAAAUGAAAGAUGAUGAAGCGAAAGAGUUAUUAAAUAAGAUUACGAUGAUCGAUAAAGUUAUUUAUGAACAAAUUUUGGGUUUGAAUUGGAAUUCACCUAAUCAUCCAGUCUUAAAUAAAACAGAAUUACCUUCUUAUAAAGUUGCUGAGGAUGUUAUAAAUGUAAUGAAAAGUAAAGAAAAAAAUACUAAAACCGUUGAUGAAACCAAAAUGACUGCCGAAGUAGCAGCGAGUAAAAAACGUUUAUUACAUCAUAUAUUGGAACAAGUAGCUGAUCAGUCUGGAUUUUUAAUUGAAGAAAAAUUAAAUCAAUUAUUAAUGCGUUACACGAAUGAUGAAAAAACUUUGGUUCGCUUGGACAAUGUUUUUGCAGCUAUUGAUGUUCAAAGUGAAAACGAUUUCGAGACAAUGAAAAAUGUUUUUCGACCCUUUGCAUAUUGUCUUAUUUGCGACAGAAAAGAAAAUUCCGCUUAUAGUUUAGAUGGAAAAGAUGAUCCAUUCGAUUCGUAUUACAAAAAUUCUUCUGAUAACAGGCCAUCUUCCAUUAUGCAGUAUUUGGAAGAAAAAGUGUCGAAAUUAAGAAUUCAAGCAAGAAGAGAUGAUGAUUUUGAAGAGAAAAAUGAAAGUGGAACAACUGGAAAACCGGGAAGUCAAUCAACUAGUUAUGAACCCAAACAAAGUGAAGGAGGAGUUCAAUCUUAUGUUUCUGAUAAUGAAAAAGCAGCUUUGGCAGAAAAACGAAAACCCAAAGAAGAUCAAUGUGAUAUAUCUCAUCCUAUGGUUAUUGAAAAAAUUCACGUUUUGAAAGCUUUGAAAAACUUUGUGACUACACUUCAUGGUGAUAGAUGUGGAACUCCGACAGGAAUGUCAUCAAGGUUGUCUAAAAAACGAUUUACCAUAUCGAGACUCCUUUCAAAAGAAGAUAUUGCUUCUUAUUGGGAAUCCUAUAGAACUUUGGUUCCUCAUAAAAUUAAAAACAAAUGGAAUGCUGUUUUUCUUGCUCUAAUCAAAUAUUUAAAUAUUUUACAGGGUAACAAUUGA